AUGACUCCGCAUCUUCAGACACUAGAUCUUUCUAAAUGUGAUUUAUUUGUAGAACUCCACUUGCCCAUUGAAUGUUCACACCUUAAAUCGCUUGAUCUUAGUGGUUCUAAGGUGAGUAAGCUCAACCUCGGGAUGACUCCACAUCUCGAGACGUUAGAUCUUUCUAGAUGUAAGGAAUUUGUAGAACUCCAAUUGCCCGUUGAAUGUCCGAAUCCAAACCUCAAAUCCCUCGAUCUUAGUGGUUCUAAAGUGAGUAACCUUAACCUUGGGAUGAUUCCACAUCUGGAGACGUUAGAUCUUUCUAAAUGUAAGGAAUUUAUAGAACUCCAACUGCCUGUUGAAUGUCCAAACCUCAAAUCCCUUGAUCUUAGUGGUUCUAAGGUGAGUAACCUUAACCUUGGAAUGACUCCGCAUCUUCAGAGGUUGGAUCUUGAAGGAUGUUACUGUCUUGAAAAAAUUCACGCUCCAGUGGGAUGUCUAAAACAGCUUGCCUACUUAAACUUAACUGGUAGUUUGAGGUUUAAAUAUUUUUUGUUUAACAAAUGGUCUCAAUUACCUGGUUCUGAUUCUGCGCCUACGUUAGAACUUACUGCGGAGUCCCUUGAUAUAUGUCCACUGCAUCCCAACAAUAAUUUUCCAAAGUUUCAGUUGCAAUGUAAAUAUGUUGAACCUGUAUCCUCAUGGAGUGGAAAUGUUGAGAUGCUACUUUCUUUUGGUGUAUGUGCUUGUACAAACCUUGACUCCUUUUCAGCAAGCAUAUGUGGCUUACAACGUUUAGGAAAGCUUACACUUGAAGGUAGUAUUCCUGAGGUGCCCAAGGAUCUGUACCAGUUAGAAAGUCUAGAGGCCUUAACCUUGUGCAUGAAAAAGAUUACGCAUCUUCCAGAUAGCAUUAGUAUGAUGAAACAACUGAAAUCUCUUACACUUAAAUCUUGUUGGCUUCUGGAGCAGUUACCUAAGGAUCUAGGCAGAUUAGAGUGUUUAAAGGAGCUAAUCCUAACGGAUUGUAUCCAAUUAAGAGAUAUUCCGCACAACGUCCGUAACAUGAAAUGUUUAAGACGCCUAAAUUUCUCCUAUCGUAGUCAAGUUAAGGAACUGCCAGAGGAACUUGGACGUUUAGAAUGUGCUAGCACAAACCUUGGGUCUUUUUUGGCAAGCAUUUGUGGUUUGCAACAUUUAAGAGAGCUUACACUUGAAGGCGGUAUUCCUGAGGUGCCCAAGGAUCUGGGCCGGUUAGAAAGUCUAGAGGAACUAACUUUGUCGAUGAAAGAGAUUAAGCAUCUUCCAAAUAGCAUUUGUAUGUUGAAACAUCUAAAUUCCUGUUAUGGAUCCAGGCCCAGCAGCAAGAAGAGUUAG